AUGCAGCAAUAUCCAGCUGCCUGGGGCCACUAUGACGUGUGUAAGAGUCAGAUCUACACAGAGGAAGGGUUAACGUGGGACUACAUGGCCUGUCAACCAGAAGCUACAGUCAUGACCAAGUACCUGACCGUCAGCCUGGACCCGCCCAAUAUCACCUGUGGAGACCCACCUGAGACAUACUGCACACUGGAAAACCCUUACAUGUGCAACAACGAGUGUGACGCCUCCACAGAUGAACUAGCCCACCCUUCGGAGCUCAUGUUCGAUUUUGAGGGCCGCAACCCAACAACCUUCUGGCAAUCCAGUUCUUGGAAGAAGUACCCCAAACCCCUGGAGGUCAACAUCACGCUGUCCUGGAACAAGACCAUCGAGUUGACCGAUGACAUCGUCCUCACCUUCGAGUCCGGCCGCCCUGAGCAGAUGCUUCUGGAGAAAUCGCUAGACUACGGUAAAACCUGGAUCCCUUACCAGUUUUACGCUACCGACUGCCUCGACGCUUUUACCAUGGACCCCAAGACGGUCAACGAGCUGACCCAGCGAACCCUCCUCGACAUUAUCUGCACUGAGGACUACUCCCGUGGCUACGUGUGGAAGUACGAUAAAACAGUCCGCUUCGAGAUCAAGGACCGGUUUGCGCUGUUCGCCGGGCUGCAGCUGUACAACAUGGCGUCGCUGUACGGUCAACUGGACACCACCAGGAACCUCCGGGACUUCUUCACUGUGACGGACCUGAGGAUACGGCUGCUGAAACCGGCCACCGGGUCCACCAUGGUAGAUGAAAACAACUUGUCCAGAUACUUCUACGCCAUCUCUGACAUCAAGGUGCAGGGCAGGUGUAAGUGUAACCUGCACUCCAACAGCUGUGUGUUUGACAAGGACAAGGGGAAGCUGGGAUGUGAGUGUGAACACAACACAACAGGACCGGACUGCGGCCGCUGUAAGAGACACUACCACGGACGACCCUGGAACGUCGGGUCCUAUCUGCCCAUUCCCAAAGGAACUGCUAACAUCUGUAGUGGGUCCGUCUCCUCUGUACCAGCUCAUGUGUGUGACAACGCCAUGCUUCUCUGUCAGAACGGGGGAACAUGCCACCACCACCAGCAGCGGUGCCACUGUGCUACAGGUUUCACUGGCAUCCUUUGUGAGAGAGAACGAUGCCAGGGCCCUGGGCCCUGUGAGGAGUACCCAACGUCUGGGCAACCAUCCCUCUGCCACCCCCUCCUCUUCCACUACCUCUACCCACUCCUCCUGGGCCCCCCAGGUCUGCUCCUCACCCUAGUGAUGAUAGGGUUCUGCUGA